AUGAGCAAUCUAAAUUUACUUCAUUUGCAGAUAUUUCGAUCAGAUUUUCUUUUGGAAUGUCGCAUUAAUAAUGAUGGGUCAUGGAAAGUUGAAGUGCUUGGAUGUCAGGCACCCAGUGGAAAAUUCAUUGCACCUGGUGAAAAUCAUACUGAAGAAAAUGUGGUACCUCUUUUUACACUUUUAGCAAUUUUUUUUAUCACAGAGCAAAAUUUCAAAAAAACCAGUUUUUCGCAAAUGAUAAAGAUUUCAAAAGAUUACUUUAUUCAAAAAAUUAAAGGCGAAUCAUGGAUAAGCAAUACAAAUUUCAAUAAAACAUGUACAAGAAACGGUGGUCGUAUUUCAAAUUGUCUCACUGAUAAUGGAACUCCCAUUUUCUUAAAUUCCACAAUAAGCGAAGAUGGAACGAUUUAUAGGUUUUUUUUAUUAUAUUGCUUAAUGGCAGAAGCAAUCAAUCUUGCAAUUUUUUGA